AUGCAUCCCAUCCAGACAACUGGAGGCCCCAGCCUCAAUAUAUCCAUUGCAGCACCUCCGAUAUGGACAUGUGCCGCAGGGGACACCAUAAUCGGCAGCGUGAACCGACACUCGCACAUCGCGACCCCAGAUGCCAAGAUCUCUGUUACAAUGAUCGGACUCACAAAAGCCCGCUUAAUAACAGAGGGCUACCCAUCGAAAACCACAUACUACGGCGACUGGAAGCUUUUCAACCUGCCAUCCCAAACCUUGUUACGUGGACCCAUACACAUACCCUCACCCAGCACCCCAACCGACUGGAUCAACAUCCCCUUCUCAAUCGAUAUCCCUGAAGCGGCUUCGAUGUCAGCAGUGCGCGAACACGCCCAAGCAGAGAGCUUCAUCCCACUAGAGGCAAACUGCAUCGCACAACACCCGUUACCGGGAACGUUUUCCACCGAAUGGACCGGAGCCAAGGUCUGCAUCGAGUACUACCUCCAGGCGCAGCUGCAGUAUAUGCGCAAUGGCUCAUGGCAAAUCGAACGUGCGACAGCGCCCAUCAUGCUGGGCUAUCCGACGGUAGACGCGGGCGGGAUCCGAUUUGCGUUGCAGCGGUGCAGUAUCGUGAGCCUGGUGCGCAGCCAGCGAUUGCUUCCGUCGAUGCGCGAUGUGGAUCUAUCGUUGACGCAGAAGACGCAGAAGAUUCUUGGGUUAGCUUCUGUUCCUGGAUUUAGUUACAAGCCUGUGAUGAGUGUGCCGAUUACUAUUCAACUUGAUAAUUCAUCGCUGAUUUCGCUUAUUAUCAGGGUUAUACCGCAGCGGGAGGGGAGUAGUAGUACUAUUUGGGAUGUUGUGCAACGGGUCGAUGUUUUGCGAUGA